CAACCUCCGAAGGUCUGACCUGUGAUAAAAUAACUGCACUUUACCAACGGUAAGUGGGUCCUUGACACCAACAACCCAUCAGCUCUAUGUAUUAAUAGACAUGGGAGAGAGGGACUUGAAAGCAUUGCUAAAAAUGCCUCCCUAAAGGCAUGUAGAAGUGCUGUCCUCUGCUUCUAAUGCUGGAUCGGAUAAGCGCAUGGAAGAUCGACUUCCUUCAUCAGACUGCUCAGGAAUCAAUGCAGUGAUGGUGAUGCCACCGGAUUCUCACCACCACCACCGCCGCCGCCGCUGCCACCACCGCCACCACUUCCCACGCUCUUCCAAUACUUCUAUUCUAAACUUCCUCGACCCAAAAGCCAAGCGCCUGGCAGAAUCCCCUAUGGAGCUAAAUAGCAUGCCCAAUGUCUCCCAAGUGGUUCCACCACCCUCCUGCUUCUCCUCGUCGGGGAAUUCCUCUUCAUCUUAUCCACCCAUGGCUUCAAAACCUCCACCGUUCACCAUCUUCCUGCAGAAAGAAGCCAUAGUUGAGCCCUCCACCCUCCUCUCCCCAAGAAGGAUCCCUCUUUCCUCAGCAGACCUCCAUAUAAACCUCCAAAUGUAUCAAAAACUUGAGAAGCCUGAAGGGCUACAACUUCACCACCUCCACCACCAAGGUUCUAUCAAUUCACUCUCUUCCAGUGCGCUGGAAACAUCAACGAAAGGUAUCCGAGGAGGGUCGACAGCGGCAUCGUCCCUCCAGCGGCAGCAGCUGCACCAAGCGAAGCUGUUCCGAGGGGUGAGACAGCGACACUGGGGGAAGUGGGUGGCAGAGAUAAGACUGCCAAGGAACCGGACGAGGGUUUGGCUGGGAACCUUCGACACGGCUGAAGAGGCUGCCAUGGCCUACGACAUGGCGGCCUACACACUGAGGGGGGACUUGGCUCAUCUCAACUUUCCUCAUCUCAAGCACCAGCUCAGCAACAUCGCCAGCGAAUCUGGUCACCCCCAUGCCGCCACCGCUUCCCUCUUGGAGGCAAAGCUUAAGGCCUUUCGCAACUCCUCCUCUGCUUUCCCCUCGCUCACCUCCAAUCAACCCAAACAACUGCCGGAAAAAGACUUGCUGCGCAUGUGUCUUGGAGGAGAGUGCAUACCACCGGUUAAGAAACGGAAGAAAUCCGGCAUCGAUGAAGAAGCUGCCUCGACAGCCAUUACACGUCCUUGGAGCAAGAAGGAGCCAUCAGAUGCUGGAGGCCGGAAAAUGGUGCAGCAAGAAUUAUUAACAUUGGCGGGGGAUGUUGAUGGUGUUCUUCUCAGCAGGAUGCCAUCUCUGGACAUGGAUAUGAUUUGGGAUUCUCUACCCAUUGCAGCAGCAGAUUCCUGAUGAUGUUCUCUUCUCGUUUUAAUGGUUAUCUGCCUCUUUUAUGUUGUAGUCUUUUCUUCUUCGAUCCAUGUGAGUUGAAUUUAGAAGAUCUGCGCUUUCUACCCUUUGCUAUGAGUUGAAUCAUUUUGCGCUCUGGACCUUCUUCAAGAGUUUGCCUUGCUAGUCAUUAGCAUUUUGAUGUACGACAAGGAGGUCAAAGUGACAGCCAAUUGGAGCCCAGCAAUAGAAUGGAAGGAAAAAAAGUGGUGCACGGAGUUUGUACGGGUCUGCUUCCUUUUAUGUCAGAAUAAUGCUGUUUCCUUGCAUUAGUAUUUUGUGAUUAUUUUGUUUUGGAGAGAGGCAGGUGCCAUUUUCAGUCUCCAGAAACCUAUAUUGACAAACAGAGUUGUUUUACUUCAGCAGAGAAGAUUGUGUCUAGGGGUCUCUACUCCUUCCUAGUUGUGUGGUGGUAGCUGUUAUGAUUCAAGGAAACCUUUAUUAUACUUUCC